AUGGCACGUGUGGUGGCCAUGCUGUGCCUGCUUGCGCUCUGUGUCGUGAGUCCCGCACACGCCACAACACAGCUGAGCAUCCAGAGGCAAUGCGCCUCCUUGGCGCAGGGCGAGGACUGCGCCGUUGCGCGGGAAGGCGACGCCCUGUCCGUGCUCGUGUCCGCAUCGGAGCCCUUGCCCAGCAACGUCAUUGUUGAGAUCACCGUCGACCCCAUCCAGACGCAGACGCUGGAGUCUGACGACUUCUUCCCCAUGCAGGCACAGUUUGCCCUGUUUGCCGGCAGCUCCUCUGCGUCGUGGGUGUUUGUGGUUGAGUCAAACGAUGGGCCAGAGCUCAACGAGACCUUCGCCUUGCGCCUCAGCCUCCUUGCGCCCGUUUCCGGCGUCUCCAUAGCCCAGGACGCGUUCACCGUCACCGUCCCGCUCAACGAGAAUCCGUACGGCACCAUCGCCUUCAUCAACUUUGGUGGUCCCAGCGGGCCCACCGUCACAAGCGAGGGCAGCGCGCUCAUUGCCGUCAUUGGGCGGUCUGGCGGCCGCUUUGGCGAGCAGACCGUGGCGUGGGAGAUCGGCGGCGGCGAGGACGACUUUGCCCUCGCAUCGGGCACCCUCGUCUUCGACCAGGGCGACUCCUCCGUCAACCUCAUCAUUCCCGUCAUCAACGAUGACGUGCCUGAGCUGCAGGAGUCGUUUGUGCUCAGCCUCACCCAGGUUGUCAGCGGCGGCGCCUCCCUCUCCGCCAACUCCGACCUGACCAGCAUGGACGUCGUCAUCAGCGCCAAUGACUACCCGCUGGGCAGCUUCUCCUUCGCCCUGGCAGAGCUGGGCGUGCGCGAGAAAACAGGCACCGCCAGCCACGCCGCCGCCCUCACCAUUGCCCGUGCUUCCGGCGCGCUGGGUACGGCGCAGGUCCUCGUCGAGACAACCAGCGACGCCAGUGCGGUCUCUGCCGCCGUCCAGAGCAGCUUCGACUGGUUCGCGGACGACCCGCUCGUCCUCGCAACAGCAACACCAGCGCAGGACUACACCCCUGUCUCUCGGGUUGUCACCUUUGCAGAGGGCCAAACAACGGCAACCGUCCUCGUACCGCUGAGCACGGACGCUGUCGCGGAGCCGAACGAGGCCUUUGUUGUAACUCUGGCGCUGUCUGGUACCGCCGAAGGCACCGCCGCAGCGCGUGUGUUUGAAAACUCGUCCAUGCUCGUCGUCAUCCAAGCGAGCGACGUCGCUGGCGGCCAAUUCCAGUUUCAGCUCAACACCGCAACCGCCAGCAGCGGUGCUUCACCCGUGGUUGUCAUUGCAGAGCCCGAUGAGGACGCACUGCAGCCGCACGUGGCCAUCUUCAACGUUACCCGCACCGGCGCCGCGUUUGGCGAGGCACGCCUCGAGUGGGCAGCAACGUCCAACAACACAGCGUCCGCGCCGAGAUCGGGCGUGCUGGGGUUUCAGCCAGGCCAAACAUGGGCCUUGCUCGAGUUUGAAGUCGCCGCGGAUGACAUCCCAGAGUUUACGGAGGAGUGGGCGCUGCAGCUGACACGGGCCAGCAGCAUCAGCUUCAGCGCAGACCAGGCAGCGCUGGGCACAAGCACGACGGCGCGGGUCAUCGUACCGCGCAAUGACUUCCCAAACGGCCUGCUGCAGCUCGAAGACACCGCCUCCAUCAGUCUGCUGGAAGGCAGCACGCACCCGCUCAGCGUCGCCGUGCAGCGCCUGUGGGGAACGCACGGCACCGUCACCGUGGACUGGCGCGUGGCACCGUCAGCGGCAGCACUGGCAUCGGCAUCCCCGGACGUGGUGGAAUUUGGGUCCCCUGCGGACAACCUGGACAGCUGGCGCGGCACGCUCGUGUUUGAGGACGUACAGACGACCGGGCACAUUGUCAUCGCUGCGACUGACGAUGACAUCCCGGAGCUGAGGCAGGUGUUCACGCUGACGCUCGGCAACGCCACCAACGGCGCCGUCAUCUCCACGGCGCACCCCAGCGCAUUCGCAAUCGACUUUGCCAUUGAAGCGAGUGACGCGCCCCUGGGCGUGUUUGAGCUGGGCGCCGCGUAUGUCUCCGUGCCUGAGCCGUCGAACGAUCUCUUCCGCACGGCGUCCGUCGCCAUCACGCGCACGACAACAAGGGGCAGCGUGCUUGUGCGCUACCGCAUCCUGGCGGGCGCACCUGGCAUUGCGGCCGCCUCGCGUGGGGUGGACUACAUUGACGCCGUCUCUGCACUCCUCUUCACGGAGGGUCAGGCAUCACAGGCGGUCAGCGUCACCGUCCUGCACGACGACGAGCCCGAGGCGGACGAGGCACUGCAGCUUGUGCUCGAGAGCGUGCGGCCCAUCAAUCAGGACCUCACCCACGCCACCGCCCUCGGCAACCAGACCGUUUGCACGGUCGUGAUUCCCGCCAACGACAUGGCAUCGGGCGUCUUCUCCUUUGAGCAGCCGGACCAAGCGCUUGUGGUCGUGCGUGAGCCCGAAGCGGGCGAGCAACCCGCCGGCAUUGUCGUCAAACGCAAUGCGGGUGCGUUUGGUGCAGUGGAGGUUGCGUGGCACCUCGCCACGAGUGACGCCGCGAGCUUCUCCACCCUCAACGGCACCCUGACGUUUGAAGAAGCGGCCAUCAACGCCACACUGGUUGUCCCCAUCGUCCCCGACGAUGUGCCGGAGCUGGAGAGCACGCACAUCCUCACGCUCACCAGCAUCUCUGGCGGCUACACAAACCAGUCGGCCUUUGCGCCCCAAGGCACGCGCAAGACAAUUGUCGUGCCUGCGAGUGACGAUGCAAAUGGUGUUCUGGCCAUCGCACCCGACUUUGGUGCCUCUGUUACGCUUGCAGAACCCCCAUCGCCCGGCGAGGAAGGUACAGGGGCGAUUGCUCCGAGCACGCUGCUGGUGCCCGUUGUUCGCACACGCGGCGCCUUUGGCAUUGUGCAGGCCCAGUGGGAGAUUGUCCCGCAGUCUCCAGCACCACCACCAACAACAACAACAAUGACAACGACAGCACCGCCACCAGCCUUUGUGCGUAGCAGUGGCGUGGUUACUUUUGGGGAUGGUGUGCGGGAAGCAUCCAUUGCAAUUUCCGUCGCUGACGAUACGCUUCCCGAGCUGGACGCUGCCUUUACACUGCGGCUGAUCAACGCCACCGGUGGUGCGAGGCUCAAAACCGACGCGGAGUAUGCUGCGAAUGGCAGUGGCGGUGACGACGGCAGCAGCGAUAGUGGCAUCACAAAUGGCACCGUUGCACUGACAGUCCUCGCCAGCGACGACCCGUAUGGGGUGGUUGGCGUUCGCAACGACUCGCUCACGCUGCGGGUUCAGGAGGAAGACGGCAGCAUGACGGUGUUUGUGCACCGCGCCCAAGGUACAGUGGGCCGCACAACGGUUGGCUGGGAGCUCCGGUCUGCCCUAACUAGCACCAUCACCGCACUGCACCCGACAUCUGGGGUGGUGGUGCUUGAGCAAGGCGUCGCCUCUGUUCCCAUCAUCAUCAGCAUCGAGGACGACACAAUCCCAGAGUACCAGGACGAGUUUGUGCUUGCGCUGACGGAGCUGAGCGGUGGCGCGCGCUUCGAUGCACAGCGCAUCCUGGCCAGCAUCACCCUGGAGGCAAGCGACUUCCCACACGGGCUCUUCAGCGCCAACAUCACCGGUGCAAGCGGUGCUCAUGUCGCGUUCGACGACACCUCGGCUCCAUUUGACGUCCACCUGUCGGCUGAUGGCACCGUUGUUCCUUCCGUGGAGCAAGGCACCUUUACCCUGCGCGUUAUCCGUGCGGUGGCGGUGUCAGAGCCGGCAGCCGUCACCAUCUCCGUGACGCGCACGUUUGGCACCGAGGGCACUGUGCAGGUUCCUGUGGAGCUCAUUGGGGCGCGGGAGCUGCAGAACCAAAGCAGCGACGAUGGCGGUGACCCUGACAAUGGCGCAGCAGCGCCGAAUGCAAACUAUGAUUACAACCAAACGGCCUCAGCUUUUGCCGACACCGGUCCCGGUGGCGACGUUUUGUUGAGCACAAGCAGCGUCAUCUUCGAGGACGGCGAAACGCACAAGCAACUUGUGCUAAGCGUGCUUGAGGACGCUGUGCCAGAGGUGACCGAAGUGGUGUGGGUUGUGCUGGGCUCGCCCGUGCUGCUUGAGACGACCGCCACGCAGCCCGCUGAGCCAGCAAUCAUGGCCGGCGACGUGCUGCAGGUGGCCAUCCUGGAGAACGACGACCCGUACGGGCGCCCCGAGCUCCUCUCCUCGCUUGUUGUGUCGAGCGAGGGUCAGCGUGCCCAGGUUGGCAUCGUCAGGCGCGGCGGCCUGUUUGGCAGCAUGCGGGUCACUUUGCAUGUGCUGGUGAACGGCACGGAGCAGCACAUCGCCACGCCACUGGGCGGCGACGCUGCCUAUAGAAGCACCCUGAAUCCAACACGCGUUCUUCCCACGCUUGCCGGCAGCGACUUUUCCCUCUCAGCGACAGCAUCAGACAGUAUCAAUAACAACUCUGGCACCGCCGCCGCCAGCACCACCACCAGCAGCAGCAACAGCGCUGUGUCUCUGGUGCCGGUCUCCGUUGAUGAGCUGCUUGCGACGGUGGUGUUUGCACCCGGACAGCAAGUGGCGCAGGUUGCGUUUGCCAUCGCAGCCGACGGCCAGCCCGAGCUGGACGAAGGCUUUGUUGUGAAGCUGGGCUCUGUCGUGAGCGGGGCGGGCACGCUAGCAGCAGAGGACCUGCAGCUGGACGCUAUGGUAGCAGGUGCCCCGACCCACACGCUGGUGCGCAUCCCGGAAAACGACAACGCGCGUGGGCUCUUUCGCUUCGCACCGGCGUCGCUCGUCCUUGGGCUGAAUACGGUGGCAGAGACAAACCGCACCAUCACCUUGUCGGUGCAGCGCACAGUGAGCACGCUUGGGCGCCUGGCGGUCCCGUUCACGGUCAGCACCGAUGGCAGCGGCGCUGCAGCCUCUUUGCAACCGCACAAUGGCAGCGUGUGGUUUGAGGAUGGCCAAAGCACAUCCACGCUGACGCUUCGCGUUGUGGACGACAGCGUGCCGGAGCUUGAGCAAGUGGCAGCGGUGACCUUGGGCGAGACGCCUGGUGCGUCAAGCAUUGCCCAGGACGCAUCGACGGCCAUUGUGACCAUUCUUCCCAAUGACGACCCCCAUGGCGUGGUUGACCUUGCUGCUGCCGGCGUGAUCGCAUCUGCAACGCACCGCAACCUGUCCUUUACACUGGCACGCUCUGGAGGGCUCUUCUCCGACAUUCGCGCACGCGUGCGGCUGCACAUUGACCACAACAACGCCGGCUGUGUUUCCGUGGCGGAGGAAGGUCUGCAGGAGGUUGUGCAAGUGCCAUUUGCGGAAGGGCAGGCAGUCGCAUCAGCGAAUGUGCCCAUUCCCGACACGUUUUCAUUGUCGCUCGCAGAGAACACACGCUUCUGCGUAACCGUCAUCUCUGUGGAGCAGCAGGAUGGCACGGUAGUGACAACACCACAGGGGGUCUCGCCGCGCCUUGGUCCCCGCGUGACCACUCUCGUCACGCCACCCCAAGAGGCGCGCUUUGGCGUCCUGCUGUGGGAGUACGUCAACACAACCAUCCACAGCAAUGGCACGAGUGUCAAUACGACGCGCAUCAACAGCGGUGAAGCACAAAUCAGUGUUGAUAGCAGCUCCAACGGGACAAGAGCCAUGGUUACGCUGGCUGAGACAGGCAACACCGUUGCCGUGCUGUCUGUGAAGCGUGUUGCUGGCUCAUUUGGUGCCGUGUACCUGAACGUCUCCUUGGGCGCGGCCUCGGAGCAAAUCUCCAGAAUCAAGCAGGGAGAAAGCGCCACCUUGCGCAUGGACGACUUGACGUUUCCACAGCAAGUGGUGCUUGCCCACGGCCAGACAGAGGCAGGGUUCACGCUUGCCCCGGUGGACAACACGGUACCUGAGCUGCCAAAGGAAGGCACGCUGUCCCUGACAGCCACAACAGCAUCCAGUACAGCAGUUUCCGGUACUGGAUCCCUCAUCCCCCUCCUGCCUGCGCGGCGUGGCAGUGAAGGCGCGACGGUCGUUGGUGCGGGCACUGUGCUGCUGGAUGCUGCGGUGGUAGUGGACUCCAGCGACGACGCAUAUGGCGUGCUUGAGCUCGUACAGCCGCUGGGUGCAGUGGAUGUUCUGCGCGGAGAAGGAAACGUGACUGUGACCGUACAGAGGAGCGUCGGAUACUACGGUGACGUCGUCGUGCAGCUUGCUGCUCGCGCCACAGCAGCACAGCGCAGUACCACACACGACCUGAGCCGCUUCCGUGCCACCGUGGUGUUUCCAGCAAGGUGGUUUGGUGAGGUAACUGAUGGCGAUGCUGCUGACAGCGACCGCGCCACAGUGGUGGUGCCUCUCAGUGCCUCUGUCGUGGCAGACAUCCCUGACGGGCAAGGGCUGACCGUGUACAUUGUCAACGUCACUAACAGCCUGGGUGAAAGCCGCGUUGUGCGUGACGAGGCGACAUUCGUGCUGCGCUCUUGCCCCGAGUGUGCUGUGGCGUUUGCACCGGCACCGCCCACUCUGCUGUCGCUGAAGGAGGGCGCUGCAUUCUCGGCGACCCUGCGCCGCGGACCGUCCGCCUACGAUCGCGUCGUGGUGCAGUGGGCGAUUGAGCCGGACACUGGCGAUAUUGUCCCUGCGGCCGGCACGACGACGCUGGAAAUUGGGCAAACCACAGCAAGCCUCGCCUUUACUGUCGUCGAUGACACGGUACCUGAACUGCCCGAGGCGUUUUCGCUGCUCAUUCUCUCUGCGCGCGGUGCCGAGAUCUCUGUGGCGCAAGGCGCCGCAGCAUCACUGGACAUUGGCAUUGCAGCCAACGACAACGCGUACGGCCUGUUCUCCUUUGCGGUGCUUCGCUCACGGGUGGCGGAGGGCGGUGAUGGGGAGUCGUCGCAGGCGACCAUCCGCGUGCAGCGGCUGCGUGGCACUGAGGGUCGUGUUCUCGUUGAUGUGGACACGGCAGACGAGUUGAUGUCACUCUUUUCUUUGCCAAUGGCAAUGGUUGAUGUGGCCGAAAUGCUUGCACAGACUCAGAACGCCAGCGCAACCACAGGCGACAGCAGCGGGAAUAGCACCAGCACCAUGGACGUCAGCGACGUCACCGUUGCAAGCUGGUCAGCUGCAAGCAAAGUGGAGGAGUGUGCAAGCAUGUGCAUCACCAACGCCACCGUCGAUUGUGUGGCGUUUGGCUGGUUUCAACCCAACACCACCAGCAACAGCACCACCAGUAAUGCCGCUGAUCUCAACGCGACAGAUACACGCAAUGUCAGAGGCAGCAAUGGUGCCGCCUCCACUUUCACUUGUGCGCUCUUUGCUCUUCAACGUGAACCCACUGUGGGCAUUUCCGACAUCGCUGAUGUCCUGAGCGAGUGGACGGUGUAUGUUCGGGAGACGUACAGCACGGCCAAUGCCAGCGUGGAGGGUCUGGACUAUGUUGGUCUGCACACGACACUCGACUUUGCUGCAGGUGAGGCGGAGAAGGUGAUUACGCUUGACAUUCUCGACGACGAGUUGCCUGAAGUGCAGGAGCAGGUGUUUGUGCACCUGAGCAACGCGCGGCUGGUGUUGAGCACUGACGCAGGCAGCAGCAGCAGUGGCAAUGACGAUAUAGCAGUUGCUGCCAGCGACGCGCUUGGUGGUGCACUGAGCAUUGCCACGGACAGCACCGGCAACACCGAGAAGCGCGUGGUGGUGAUUGAGGAGAGCGACGACCCUUAUGGGCGGUUCGCGUUUGCCUCGUCCAUUGUCCAUACUGAGGAAGGGCAAGUGGCGCGCAUUGGUGUGACCCGGUUUGCCGGGACGUUUGAGGACACGAUGGUCAUGUGGGCCAUUGACACAUCCAGCCGUGCAACAUCACACAACGACACGAACAUGGGGAGUGCGGGGCUUGCGUCUGCAGGCGACUUUGCGGUGUCGACGGGGCUAAACGGAACACUGGUGUUUGCUUCCGGCGUGCACGGCGAGGAAACGCAGCCCACGCUGCACUUUGAUGUGGAAAUCACCGAUGACGCUGUGCCCGAGCUCGCGGAGAGCGCCACCUUGGUGCUUAGCAUUGCGCCCAGCAGCAAGGGCGUGCUCGGCCAACAAGACACAGCGCAAUUGCGCAUUGCCCACAGCGACUUUCCUGGUGGCACUGUGCAGUAUGCGCAGUCACGUCUGGAGUUGAGCGAGGGCGACAACGCAACCAUGCAUAUCGUCCGCACGGGUGGGGCGCUGGUAGCCGUGAAUGCAAGCAUCGUCUUUGUUGGAGUGCAGCACGACGCUCGCGUCCUGGACACGGCCACGUUUGCGCUGGCCGACACAAACAACCUCCGUAUUUCACCCACGUGGGUGGUGUUUGAAGAAGGCCAGCGCGAAAGCGACGUGGCCGUGCAAGUUCGUGAUGACACGGCUGCAAACUUCAACUACACCGUGCGGCUUGGGCUUAGCCUCCCCGCCACGACAAUGGAUGCACGCAUGGCACAGGUCCAAGGCGUCGACAACAUGGGUGUCAUCGACAUUGCUGUUGCUCAAGACGACUUUCCCGCGGGCCUCUUUGGCCUGUCGCUGUGGCACUUGAAGUCCACCCAGCACGCAAGCCAACACGUGUACGUGGCCGCGGAGGACGAGGUGGUGACUGUGACUGUGACGCGCGAUCAGGGCGCUGCGGAGAGCGUUGAACUGGUGCUGUCCAUGGCGGACGGCACAACGUCAUCGCACGAAGUGGUGCUCUCACCAUCGACGUCGACUGCUUCCGUUGUGCCGGUCAGCAACGGCUCAGUGAUUGUGCACUUCCAGCCUGGGGAGAGGCAGGUUAACGUCACGGCGCGAGUGGUCGGCGACAAGGUGCCGGAGGGUGCGGAGUGGUUUGAGCUCACCCUGAAUGUGGUGUCCACCACGGCCGGCGCCAUGGCGGGCGUGCGUGCAAGCGCACAGACAGCGAACGUGACAGUAUUGCCAUCCGAUAACGCAUACGACUUUGGGCGCUUCUUCAUUCCCGAGAACCAGGUUGUGCGUGAGGACAGCCCUGCCGGUGGGGCGCUGCGCGUUGUCCGCAGUUUGGGGCUGCUGGGCGAGGUGGAUGUGACGGUUCGCAUUCGCCCCCUCGACCCACUUGACUGGUUCAUGUCGCAGUCCCCCAUCACCAUUCCAAUCUGCUUGGACACGGCUAGCAUGGGCCCAGAAUCAAACACCACAACCACAGCCACAAACUCCACGACCGCCAUGACAAGCGGCUGCAGCAGCAAGAACAACGCCACGUCUGGGGCAGCUCAAGCCACCACCGAAGCGCUGCUAAACUUCACGGCCAUGGUGCCUGCCCGUGAUGGCGAUGAAGACGCUGUCGCGUGCGCGCGUGCAUGUUUGACGCAGGCUGACUUUGAGUGCGCUGCCUUCGUGCUUGCUGGCAGCACACGUGACCUGUGCCUGUUGUACGACCAAGAUGCGGCGGGUCACCUCGUCGUGUCAGCUACAGAGGAAGACACUGUGACAAGUGCAAACACAAGUACGGGCGCAACCACGGAUCUUGGACUGCUGUUCGUUCUCGACAUUCACCUGCACGCGUUCCCCACAGUGACUGACAGUAUCAGCAGCAUCUCCCUGGCCGAUUUGCAAAACAGCAGCACGCAGACAGCUACUGUACGGAUUCCGUCUGGCGCAGAGGAAGCGCUCGUCGUGUUGCCGCUGGCAGAUGACACCAUGCCCGAAGGGUUGGAGCUGGCUGUGGUGGACAUCGUGCAAUGCGAGCUUGUCUCGCCACAAGGGUACACCCACCCAGGUGCUGGCCCAGAAUGUGUUGCAACGCCCACGAUUGUGGGUGUUGCUGCCAACGAUGACGUCAAUGGCCUGUUCUCUCUCUCAGCAGCAGCGGCGGCACCGCCAGCAAUGACGUCACCAAGUCAAGGCAGUGUCGCUGUUGUGGCUGGCGCGGAAGGGCAGCGCGUGCAGUUUGAUGUGCAGCGGUCUGUCAGCACCAAGGGCACAUCCACGGUGUGCUGGAUGGCGAUGGCGGUUGCUGCGGAGCAAGCCACGUCAGACGCGAGCACGGAUACCAUGUCAACGGUGACAGACAACUCAACAACGCACGCCACAGGAGCUUCUGUCUCGGUAGCGCAGCAGCUGUCGCCUGCAGAGGGCUGCGUUGUGUUUGCGGAGGGUGAGAUGCGCGUGAGCUUUGAUGUGUUUGUGGUGGAUGAUGCUGUGCCCGAGAUUGUGCAGCAGUUUGACGUGUCCCUUGUGAACGCCAGCGGCGUGGCCAGCGUGACCAGCGGCAGGAACAGCACGGUCCGAUUGGAAGUUGAGGAGAGCGACAACCCGGGCGGGCUGGUCAGUGUUGCCGGCGCGGCCAACAGCACCAGUGCCAGGCGCAUCAGCGCUGCAGAAGGCAAUGUGUUCAACAUCAGCGUCGCACGUUCCGUGGCCGCCCUUAAAGAGAUUCUUGUUGAAUGGGAGAUUGUGCAUGCUGGCAGCGGCAUCGAGGCAGAUGCACCAGCAGUACGAUUUGACCACGCCCAGGGCAACGUGACGCUGGGCGUUGGGGUGAUGCAAGCAGCCUUUGAUGUGCAGCUGCUGGAUGACGGUGUUCCCAAUGUCAUCAACACAUACGCGCUGAGGCUCUUGCGGACAUACAACGGUGGGGAGCUGGAUACAGCACAGAGCGAGGUGGCGGUUGUCGCCCGUCCCGACGACGAUCGCGUUGCAUUUGAAGCGGCUGGCGCAGCCAUCCUGUUGAGUGAAGACGCAGCCGAUGACGGCACGGUGGUGGCUGGCAAUGGCGAUGAUGGAGCUGUGGGCACAAGCGGGCUGUCCAGCAACGCAACAGUGUGGGUUCAGCGACUUGACGUUGCGACGAGUGGCGAACUUGUUGUCACCUGGGCGCUGACGGGAGAAGCCCGGGCACAGUUUCUGCCACCACACACGGGCCAACUGACCUUCUUUGGUGCGCAAACACGGCGGCUGCCGAUUCACCUGGAGCUGGUCUCCGACACAGUGCCAGAGCUGGCUCAGCAGGCUGUGCUACGCUUGACGUCUGUGUCUGAGAACGGCGUGUUUGAUCCCAGCGCAAGACAGGAAGUGUUGCUGAACGUGCAGAGCAGCGACAGUGCCCUUGGCGUGUAUGAGCUGUCCCAGGUUGAGGUUGACACGACGGAGGGUGACUCAGCACUGCGCCAGGGACAACGCUUGUCGGUUGUGCGCGCGCCAGGCUCCGGCAGCCUGGGCACCGUUCGCGUGCACUUGGAAGCCAUCAGCAGCAUGCAAGACCCUGCGCGUCAGCGCGCAGUUCCCGUGGAAGACUUUGUGCUUCUCACCACGUUCGUGGAUUUGCCGGCCACAAGCGACGCCGUCGGCGUGAACAUUGACGUGAUUGAUGACACGAAUCCCGAGCUGGCAGAGGCGUUCCACGUGCGCAUCACACAGCUGGAGAUCCUGUCUUUGGCUGAUGGCACUUCCGUGGCUGAGAUGGUGCCACCAGCUGUACAGAGCUACACCCUGCCACCAGAGGUUGGGUCCUUGGAUGAGACGCGCAUCGUGAUUGCCGAGAACGACAACGCGCGUGGUGUGUUCCGAAUUGUGCACAUGAAUGGCGAUGUGGUUGCUGGCGAUGGCACGGUCAGGGUCAACGAGGCUGCGGGUGUGUACUCGGCACUGCUUGUGCGUGAUAUGGCACAGGGCGGGGCCUUUGGCAACGUGACUGUACAUGUUGCUCUCGACUUUGAGACGGCCACAGGCGCUUCCGGCGCGGCCGGCCAAUUCGCCUUCUCACUUGCACGCACAGCUGAGCAGGCAAUCGCAGACACAGCAGAAGAAACAGAUGCAGCGGCAUCGUCACUGUUUUCGACAGUGACAUCGCCGUCCGCAGAAACAGCUACUUCCAGCACAGGCGUGUUGUCAGAUUGGGUGCGUUCUGUGGCCGAGUGGCCUCAGGUGCAGAUGCAGGCAGAGCCAGAAGCCGUGGUGACGUUUGCUGAAGGCGACACCCUGUUUGCGGUCGUGGCGACACGUCAGCAGACUGUUCUCUAUGCGAUGCAGACCAACAACAACAACAACAACAAUGCUGACGAGAUUGGUGCCACAACAGUUGCACCGGCACAAGCCCAGCAGGUGCUGAGCAACCGAGACGUGCGGUCGUUGGCCACGGGGCGUGUUGGACAAAACGUGUUUGUUUUUCUGCCCGUCUUCAGUCUGCGCAACAGCAUCAUCCCCUCGGCGUCCCUGUCCACCCUGUACAUGCUGGACGGCGAGUUUAUGGUGCCGACCGCCACCCUCAGCACGGUCAAUCCAACGUGCACGGCGUUUAUUGCGGUGAACAACAGCACGGCGUAUGUUGCGGUUGGCAGCGACUACAACGACGAAGGGCAGUUGACGGGGCAGAUCAAGCUGCUGCGCGUCACGGAGGAUGGCGCGCUGGCAGAGACCAGUGUUGUUGAGGGCGUCUUCCCCACGAGCUUCCACGCUACAUCCGGCAUUGUCCGCCACAGUGUUGGUGCAGAUGGAACAGAAGCAACAGCAGAAGAAGUUGGGGUCGUGACCACGGUGUUGUCUCCGCUGCUGCUUGUUGCGUCGGCGGACAGCGGCACGGCGGCCGCGUUUGUCGUGACCCCGCAAGGCACCCUCGAGCAGUUGCAGGUGACAGCUGAUGCCGCUGCCAGCGAGAGCGGUGAACCUGUGGACGUGAGUAUGGCCCUGGCCGGCGUGGCACAAUGGACACACGUGUUUGCUGGUGGGGCAGAUGCUCAGGAGGACUACACGAGGGCGCUUCUCAUCGGCGUGAAGCGUGACCCUGAUAUGCCGCCAGUGGUGGUUGAGGUGCUUUCGACACGAGACGGUGGUGCUGCUGAUACGGUGCCCGUACACAUUGUUGUUCUCUCCGCAGACACAGUUGUGGACCAACUUGGCCUACCAUCCUUUGGUGUACGUGGUGUAUCUUCGCUCAAUCAUGUCAGUAGCAGUGGCAGCAGCAGUGUGUCGUUUUCACCAGUACUGCUUGCGCUCAUCGAACAAGACGAAGAUGCAAGCAGCAACAACAGCAACAACAACAACAGCAGUAGCAGCAACAACAACAUCAGCGCGCACCACGUUGUGGCUUACGUGUAUGAUGUGCAGGCCAGUCGCUUUGUAGCCGUGGCACAGGCAAGUGUGGGUGACCACGUCACUGCCAUCGACACCUCGUAUCUGGGCUACUCGGCCUGGGUGAACGGCGCGGCAUUGCCAUCCACGCUUGAAGCUGCACCGGGGCUACACACCGAGCCCUGGCUCCUUCACAUGCUGGGUGAUGCAGGAAGUACCAGCGUUGACAUUGCCCUGCUUGAGAAUGUGCAUGUUGAGGGUGACGCGUUUCUGCCACGGGCGGUGAUUGAGUUCACCGAUGGGCAGACGGAGGCUGAAGUUGAGCUGGUGUUCCUCAACGAUCAGCAGCCCGAGGGGGAGGAGGCCCUUGCCCUCACCAUUGUGGCUGUGGAGGAUGGUGCACGUGCAGACAGCGAUGCAGGUCGGCGGUCCUUGCGCAUUGCCACGCCUGCCAACGACCGGUACUACGGCACGUUCUCCUUCUCCCAAGAGACCCUCGCCAUGCAGCACAUGUACGCAGAGCCAGAGGAUGCAGAUCCUGUGCGGGUUUUGUUGAAGGUUGUUCGCACGGGCCCUGUGAUGGCAGCGGCGACUGUGUUCUGGCGGGCAGAUGUUGUUGGUAGCGUAGCCAACGCGUCCACAACAACAGCAACAGCAACAGCAACAGCAACAGCAACAGGUGGUGGUGGUGGUGCAAGCGCCCUGCAGCAUGUCCUGCGCGAAAUGGCCGGCAUGCUGACAUUUGAUGAGGGCGAAGGCACCCAGACGCUUGUGCUAACCAUUGACCCCGACGACAUUGCAGAGGUGGCAGCGCAGGUGCGCAUCACACUGUCCUCCCAUCCCGAGCCUGCCGCACAAGAGAGCAGCGACGAUGCCGCCGUUGCCAGUGUCGCAUCUGCUCCACACAUUGACGCAGAGCGAGGGCAUGUUGACUUGGUCAUCGCUGGAAGCGACAACCCGCGCGGCGGCGUGUUCUUGGAAACGGAGGGCGGCGAGCGUGCCAUCACAUGCGUGGAAGGCGAAGUCAUUACCCUGGCUGUGCGUCGGCUGCCGGAUGCCUAUGAUGAUUUGAUUGCAGAGCUGGCACUGUCCCCAAUUGGGGCUGGAGCCACACGCGCGGACAUCUCGACAGACGUAUCACUCUCGACCGUUCAGCUCAACUCAACCCAGGGACAACGUGUGGUAUCAACACGUAUUCGCGUGCUCUGCGUUGCCGACGGUGAAGACGAGCUGGAAGAGACGUUUGUCGUUUCGCUCGUGCAGCUGAGCAACCCUGGCGUUACAUUGCUGCACAACAACAGCCAGGUCCGCGUUACCAUCGCAGCGAGUGGCGAGCCAUUUGGCGCCCUUCACGUUGCCUCCACCGCGGAGGUGACGCUGGCUACGACAUCGAAUGAGGCAAACAACAGUGUCACAACAUCUGAUCGUCAUCUAGUCAGCCGCCUUGUCACCAUCAACGUGACCCGAGCAGGCGGAACAUUUGGUGACAUUGUUGCCCACAUUUCCGCGGCAUACAGCAGCGAUGGCGGCGACAACAGCUUCCUCGUUGUGGAGGGCUUGCUCGACAUUGCGCAGGCAGAUCCGGUGACAAUUCUGCGGGCUGGAGAGCACGCUGCGCUCUUGCGGCUGCCACUUUCGCUGGAUGCGAAGCUGGUGACCGAUUCGCGACUGCGCAUCACAUUGACACAAGUGCAAGCAACGGUACCCUCGCCCUCGACUGGUGCUCCCGUGGUGGUGCAAACGUACGACACCUUCGAGGCAACGGCGCUGGUGCCGGAGAGCGCUGCUGGAGGGGUUGUGCGGCUCGCCAGCCCAGAUCUGGCCGAGGUGGCCGCUGGAAGCGAUGUCACGGUCGGUGGUGUGGCAGGUGUUGUCAUUGCCAACGAAGGCGAAGCUCUCGCGCUGAGGCUGCAACGUGAGCAUGGACGCUUUGCGCCGACAACGGCAUCCGCGGCCUUGCCUGCGACACUUCGCUGGCGACUCAGCAGCGUUGAGGAGGCAACAGGGACAGCUGCUUCAGGUACACCCACCAGCGCUGUGCCCUGUGCAGAGCCCCGGCAAGGCCAAGUGUCGGUCUCAGAAAGCAUGGACAUUGUGCUCAACAUCCCCUCUGAUGAGCUUCCUGAGCGGGACGAAGUGUGCCUGCUGACCUUCUCACUCCACAACGCGACGUGGGUCAGCCUUGCCACUGAGCUUGUUGCCCUCGUCGUGGUUGCCAACGACAACCCUGCGGGCACCCUCUACCUUGAGCGAGCAAACGUCUCCAGUACCAACAACAGGGACGAAGUGUCUGACGGCAGCAUCGCAAUCGUCACAGACCUGGACACACAAACGCGCACGGCUGUGCUGGACGUGCACCGCGCUGGCGGCACGUUUGGACCGCUGACGUUUUCGUACCGUCUGGUGUACGCGGCCCCCGUGGCAAGCCUGUUCUUGGACGUGAGUGCCACGACGUGGGAACACACGGGCACGGGUACAUUCGCGUCCGCACAGACAACGGUGCGGGUGCAGGCAGCCAUACCAGAGGCGCUGAGACUGGAGGUUUCCGGCACGCUCGGCGCGGAGCUGAUGGGCGUGUCGCUGGCAGAUGGCACCACAUCUGCAAGUGCAUACGCUGCUGGGAUUGUCCCCGGUAUUGACGCUACUCGCAGCACGGCGGCACUCUCUGUGACGGAGGGCGUGUUCACGUACGGGCGCGUGUCGCUGGACAGCGACGUGGUGAGCGCGCAGGAGAGCCAGGGCACAGUGACCCUCUCCCUGCUGCGCGACACGGCCACGCACGGGGACAUAACCGUGCUGUGGACGGUGGAGGAGGAAGAUCGGGGCACAUCCUCCUCACCAGCAGCGGCAACAACAGCAGCAGCACAGGCUGGGGUAGACUUCCCCGUGCAGUCGGGCGAGGUGACGCUGGCGUCGCGAGAGGUGGUGGCCUCCUUUUCUGUUGCCCUGACCGAUGACGACGAGCCAGAGCAGAGCGAGUCGUUCAUUGUUCGCCUCACACAGGUGUUUGGCGGGGCCGUGCUGGGCCGCACGACCACACGCGUGGUCCUGGCAGCCAGUGACGAUGCCGCUGGCAGGUUUGCGUUUGCGGGUGCAGGGAGCAUCGUGGUUGAGGAGCCCAGCGCGGGCACUGCUGCAGCCACCACGCCGGUGCAGCUCACCGUCCAGCGCAGCGCUGGCCUAUUCGGAGCCGUGUCUGUGUUCUGGCAGGUGACGGCCUCCUCUGCGGCAGCAACAACCCAAUCCCAGGACGUGUCAACGGACAUCAGCCCGCCAUCUGGCAUGCUGGAGUUUGUGCAGGGUCAGCAGAGCGCUGUGCUCACGCUGCAGGUGCUUGGUGACAGCACACCUGAGCUGCAAGAGGUGUUUGUUGUGUCCCUCACGCGGCUUGUGGCGGACGUGGCGGACCAGGGCAGCAUCGAUGACACAGCGCGCAGCGUCACCAUUGUUGUGCCCCCAAGCGAUGACCCAUACGGCAUUGUUGGUAUGAGCGCCCCUGCAAAAGUGGUGCAGGUUGCCCAGCGGGCGCCCCGUUUCGUCGUCUUUGACGUACUGCGCUCGUUUGGAACCGUGGAUCAAGUCGUCGUCACCUGCGUGGUCGAUUUGAACGCGCGACCCACAAGCAACAGCACCACUGCCACAGCCACCGCCGUACCCACAGCACAGGAGAUGGCGGACCUGAGCAGCUGUCCCCUAGCCAAUGGCGUCGCCACCAUCAGCAGUGACUGCGUCUUCUCUGUCACGUUGAGCGAGGGUCAGGCCCGUCAGAGCCUCCAGCUUGAUAUCAGCGACAGCGUGGCCCUGGUCGCGGGCCGGACCGUGCUUGUGCGUGUCGCCAGCGCCACCGUGUCCUCGGACAACUCGGGCGUGGCCAUUGAUGACAGUGCCCGCGGCACAGCAUUUGCCAUUCCUCUAGAGGUUGCUGACGGCACGGUUGGGUUUGAGGCGGCGCUGGCGUCGAGUGGGCUUCGCGUUUUCGAGUCCGCAUCAACAACGUCCACAGCGGCGACAGCAGCGGCAUCUUCACGCGCUUCCCUGACCCUCGUGCGGUCUGGCGGGUCAUAUGUUCCCGGUGCAUCGGGAUACCUGCUGGUGUCCUGGGCGAUCCGUGUGGCAGGCAGCGUCACGAAUGGUGCAUCGACAACGCCCAUCGCAAGUACAGCAGCAGCAGCAGCAACAGCAACAGCAGGAGCAGGCGCCACUGAUGCGGUUGGUGAUGAUGUGUCGCCGGUAAGUGGAGUGGUUGCGUUUGCGCCUGGCCAGAACACAAGCACGCUGUCUUUUGACAUUCUCGACGACGCCAUCCCUGAGUUUGAGGAGGUGUUUGUCGUGGAGCUGGUGCGCGUGCUUGCGUGUCCUUCCCGCAGCAGUCUGCCCUGCGUGGACGCUGUUGACACACCGGUUGUGCUGACGCGCAAUGCCAACAGCGUGGUGGUGACCGUCGCCGCCAGCGACGACCCGCUGGGCGUUGUGCAGUUUGCAGAGGGCAGUGUGGCGCUGCUUGUUCGCAACAACCAGGCCGUGCUCGAUGUUGAGCGCUCGGGAGGCCUGGACAGCAGCUUUGCAGUCUCGUACCGCGCCUUCCGCGGCCGCUUCGACACCUUGAGCGUGUCCAUACAAGGCAGCGUUUCUCUAGUGGCGGGGCAGACAGCGGCCAGCAUUGCGCUCACCAUUCCGUCUGCGGAUGCGCUUGGCGCUGGCCUGAUUGGCAACUUCACGGUGGAGCUGGUGACAUCCAACACGACGCUGCAGGGCGCGCGUCUCGGAGCUCGCCGGCUUGCCAGCGUCACUGUCGUGUUUGCAGACAAGCUGUCAAGCCAGGGCGGAGCCGCCAACACGGUGGCUGGCACGCUUGGGAGCCGCAACGGCGAUGACGGGACCGUGUGCGUGGUGCUGGUUCCCGAAGGCUGCCUGGGGCUGUCCAACGCAGACGUCGUGCUUGACGACGGCAUUGCUUCCUCAACCACAUGCGUCGCUGACAUUGCCAGUGGACUUGCUGAGACAGAUCGCGUGUGCUCAGACUCGCUCUUCUUCAUGCACGCCGCCCUGUCCAACAUCUUGGACGCCUUCGUCGGCACUAGCGCUGAGGUGGUGCCAUCAAGCACGACUGAUGUUGCUGCUGGCGCUGGCGCUGCAUCUGCCGUUUCACAUACACAACCUGAUCCACGUCAGGCCGGCCACGACGAGGGAAUGUGGAGGAGGAGGAGGAGGAGGAGGGCAACUGUGGUUGAAUUGCAGGCCGUUGCGGGCGUUGUGGAUGCGCUGCUGCUGCAGCGGCAGCCGCAGCCCUGGAUCGACACGCUCCUGCGCAAGUUUGGCGCUGCGUUGCUGGUGGACUGCGACGAAGCCGUUGACGGCAGUGCAGGCUGUUCUUGUUGUUGCACGCGCUCGUUUGUUGGCGAACGGGCGACGUGGGAGGUGACCCGGGCGCGGCCCGCAUCGCUCAGCGGGCGCGUGUCAUCCCUCCCUGUUGCAGCGACCACGGUUGAGCUGCACGCACCGCCAUUCCUGGGCGAUGUCCUGCAGCCGCUGGACUCGCUGCUCUCUGGCGGCAGUACAAACACAACCGAAACGGACGACAGUCAGUGCAACACGCUGGUGGCAAUUGCUUUUGCUGCGCAGGACAACACGUUCCCCGUUCCUGCGCGCACGCGGGCUGUUGAUGGCGUCCUUGUGCACGCGAGUGUCGCGGAUGAGGACCUGGCGGAACUUGGCCCCACAAACACCUUCACGUUUGCGUUCAGCCCGGACAGUGCUGGCGCAGGGGAGGUGCGCCAGCCGCGGUGUGCGUACUGGGACGAGGGCAUGUGGCUGACAGACGGGUGCGAGCUUGCGAUUGAUGCUGGAGACCAAGGCACCUUGGAAUGCGCCUGCACGCACAUGGCACACACCUACGGCGUCUUGGAGGAGACCACCGACCCUGUGCCGCUGGUUGUCAUGGCUGGCACGGGCGUUGUGCUCGCUGGGUGCGUGCUGCUGCUGCUGACACACCUGGUGUGGGGCCGCGGUCGCGCCAGCUCCUACCGCGCGCAGGCGUUUGUGUCUCUGUUCCUGGCGGGCUCGCUCUUCAUCAUCGGAGCCUAUACGGUUCGCAGUGCGAGUGUUGACGAGACGCUGGCGUUUGCCGCCGGCAUGCUGACCCACUACCUGCUCCUGGUGACGCUGGCGCUGGCAACGGCGGCCGUGCUUGCAGGCACUCGCGAGUACUGCGCCGACCUUGUUGACGUGUCGGCCAUUGUGCGAGCGCGCUCGGCGCUGUUGUGGUCCGUGUUGUGCUGGGUGGUGCCAGCGUUCAUUGUCGCUAUUUACUUUGGCAUUGCCCUCGACGCUUCCGACACUGGUAUUUCGGGCACGUACGGCGACGUUGGCCGAUUCGGGCGAAUGUCGUUCAUUCAGCAAGAGAUUGGAUUGUAUGCGGCCUUUGUUGCGCCGUGCAGCGUGGCGGUGCUGCUGACACUGUUCGGCCUCGUGCGCCUCGAAGCAUCGCACUGCCGGUUCAAUGCGCAGCAGUUCUCGAUUGAGCAGGACGAGGGCAUCUCCACCCUUGACGCCCUGUACAAUCUGCGUGUGUCCGCUGGCAUCAACAUCGUCAUCGGCCUUUCUGUACUGUUUGGCGCCCUGUUUUCUUCCCUGGCACUCGUGCUGUGGGCGGUGGCGCUGUGGCUGCUCGCGGUGUUCAUGUUUGCGGCUGUUGUGAUCACUCUGCGCCGACAGCGGCACAGUGGCAAGGCGUCAGUCGGCAUUCCAGACGCUUUGGAGAUGAGGAGCGAGCAGGGCGGCGUCGUGGUCCUGGACAAGAAGGACGGGCGCUACCUGCAAUCCCCGAGCAUGGCGUUCCAAAAGUACCUGGAUGAUCCGUCACAGUCAUCGCUCUCACCAGCAAAGGCUUCAUCGCAUUCUGCGGGGGCCUCCUUUGCGUUGGACACGGCACAGAGUGGGGCAUACAUGCGAGCGGACGACACCACUGCUGAGUUUGACGAUCUGAUUGCGGCGCUGACUGCGGCGCCGGGCCUUGUGAUUGGCGAAGGCGUGGAUGAAACGGCCCUCAACAUGUCUCCAAGCACCACCGUGGAUUUGCAUGCGCAACACGAGCACCUGCAGUAUCGACAUCGCUUUGAUGCUGGUGCGGAUGGCUCUCGCGCUGGCAUUCAUCUUCAAGAGGGCGCCAGUGGCGACACUGCAGACUUUGAGGAGCCCACGUCACUGGACAGCACUCGCAUCACUGCUGGCCAGCUGCCGGUCUUGGAUGAAUCUGCAGUCAGGCCUGUUGAGCUUCGCCGCAUGUCCAUAGCUGACACGCACCUUUAAUUGAUCGACCGCGCUUACGUGUGUGUGUGUGUGUGUGUGUGCGUGUGUGUGGUAUGGGGUUGCUUGGGAAGGGGUUACUGUUUGGGCUGCUGGGUGCGUGAUGGUUGUUGAGUUGACACUCUUGCUCGUCUUUUGUUUUGGGAUAACAUGUGUGUGCUUGUGAGUGUGAGUGUGAGUGUGAGUGUGAGAGUGAAUGCGAGAGUGAGUGUGAGUGUGAGAGAAUAGUGAGUGAGUGUGAGUGAAUGUGUGAGUGUGUUAGAGAAUGUGUGUUCGGGUGUAUGAAUGUGAGAGGGACGUGUUUUGAACUCAGUCUUCUGCUCUUUGUGUACCGUCUGUCCGGUGUUCACGCACUGGCCAGAGAGGAUCGGAACCGGGUGGUGAGGGGAUUGCGUUGCUUUAUGAUGUGACAUGACAUGAUGACAAGAAUUAGAUUUGCAGAGUUAUG